ACUCUCAUCUCCUUCCUUCUUUAAAAGGAAACCUAGCUAGCUGCAGCGAGACCAACCCCUUCCACUCGCCCUCUCGGCUGCAGCUUCCUGAUUUCACUCCCCCGCCACUCCCCCUGUCCAUCACCUCCGCUUCGGGAUUGAUUGGAUUCUGGGUUGGAGCUGCUUGCUACCAUGGGGAGGGGGAGGAUCGAGAUCAAGAGGAUCGAGAACACGACGAGCCGCCAAGUGACCUUCUGCAAGCGCAGGAACGGGCUGCUCAAGAAGGCCUACGAGCUCUCCGUCCUCUGCGAAGCGGAGAUCGCCUUGAUCGUCUUCUCCGCCCGCGGCCGCCUCUACGAGUAUGCUAGUAACAGCACGAGGACGACGAUCGACAGGUACAAGAAGGCCUCCGCAAGCUCUUCUGGCUCUGCUCCAGCCAUAGACGUCAAUUCUCAGCAAUACUUUCAGCAGGAAUCUGCAAAACUGCGCCAGCAGAUACUGUCCCUGCAAAAUGCUAACAGGCACUUGAUGGGCGAUUCCGUCGGCAACUUGACCGUCAAGGAACUCAAGACCCUCGAGAAUCGGCUCGACAAGAGCAUCGGACGGAUCCGAUCAAAGAAGCACGAGCUGCUGUCCGCCGAGAUCGAAUACAUGCAGAAGCUGGAGGCUGAUCUGCAGAGCGAGAACAUGUAUCUUCGAGCCAAGGUGGCGGACGCGGAGCGGCUGGCCCUCGCGCCGGCGUCGGGCGGGGGGGAACUGGAGGUGCUCCCGACGUUCGACGCGAGGAGCUACUACCAGCACCAGGUGAACAUGCUGCAGGACGCCGCGGCGGCCUCCUCCUCCUCGCGCUACUCCCAGUCGUCCCAGCCCCAGACGGCGGCGGCGGCGGCGGCGGCCACCGCUCUUCACCUCGGCUACGAGAUUAAGGGGGGGCAGGCCCAACUGAACUGAACUGAACUGGAUGACCUACGUCUACUUAGUUACCACAGUACUGUAUUGCGGUAUGCUACCUAAAUAAUUGCGUCAUGUGUGCCAUGCGACUCGAGAGCGUGUGCGUGUUGUGAAGACUGAAGAAUGACCUGACCUUUUAUAUACUAGUAUCACAUUUGAAAUUUGUGA